AUGGCAACACAAUCUCUUCGCAUUGUUCCUAGUUCAUUCCCAGAAGGCGCCCCUUCGAAAAGUGUAAAAUCGACAGCAAAUUCUUUUGGUGUUCAUGAUACCUUUCGUCUUGGUGUGAGGUCUAUUAAUACUGAACUUUUGCCUAGUCAUCCUCUUGAAACAAGACUUGACCAGUGGGAUCAAACUCAAACCAACCUUAAACUUACUAUGGAAAGGCGAAUUUAUGGUAUUCAUGCACCAAUAAGACAUCUGAUGGAAAGAAGCAUUGUGUCGCGGGUUCAACGUUUGCCAGUUUUACCCUCAUCCAAUCUAGCUUUAGAUAUCCUCAUGGGCAAAGAUGAGACGAUUGAAUUCGAAGAUUUCUUGAAUGAUCCAGAAUCAUCAACCGAGCCAAUGGAUGUACACGUUUCCAUGGAACAUAGAUUAGGCAUUAAAUUCUAA